AUACACCAACUCGCAUGCUUCUUCGAAGCCGGCCGGAAGCUGCUGCUGCGGUGCGCAGCAGGGUCUUGAGAACUAGUUUCUGUUCUGCUGUUGGUUUCCGUGGGAGCACUUUGACAUGACAACAGAGCUGUGGAAGGCUAAACUAAUGGUGCUAAUAGUGUAACCUGCGCGGUAAACCUCACGCGACAAUGCGUCAUCGAGCUGUUGGGCGAUAAGGUUUAAACCAACAACACGCGACUGAGUUUGCAUGUGCCCGCACGUGCGCAUCGCCGUGAUAGGCGCGAUUUGAUGCGUGAAAACGGAUCGACCACCUGUGGAGCGGUGGCCGCACCGCACGUUUGUUUUCUCCCGCACUGUGAAGUGGCUGUGCUCUGUGCGCAGUGGCAUGUCCAGAAACGAAGACGAUGAGCGAAAUGCAGGAGAGGAGAGCGAGCCGAGAGCUGAGAGAGGCGUGGCACAGAUUCAUCGCAGCGCCCAGCCGGAGCCGAGAGUUACAAAGCCAGCUGCUCGACAUUUUCCUGGUUAAGUUAAUUGUUGAGUACCGGGAUGUGCCAAGCCACGUGCAACUCACAGAGUGGCUCACUGCAGGCAAUGUACUGGCCCACCAACUCAUGCUUGAAGUGCACGAAGCCUGCACCGGCGAUGACCCCGCACCGUGCCGCGAGUUCAUGCUCGAGGGACGAGGCUGGAAGCUCCUGUGGGCCCUGGUUCGCAUUGGCUCCCAGUCACUACCCUGUUGCAAGGAAUUGUCAAGGGUUGCAAUAUCGCUCUUGUCUUUCUUCUCCAACCUGGAAGAGCCAUGGUCCCCAGGAACCUUUGAGUGGGAGUUUGAAGAGAGGGACCUUAUGGCCUGCUCUCUCGUCACGACAAGCCCAGCCAAGGCCAGCCUAAAACAACGCCGCUGCCGACAGAAGCCCUGCGUGGACUCCACAUCAGACAGCUCGGCCUCGACGGAUUCGGACCACAUGGAAGUGCCUUCACCUGUGCUGCAUACGUCCACGGCCCUCUUCCUUUCGAACAAAGAUCCGUUGGAAUCUGCCAGUGAAGGGUGGGAGGAUCGCCUGUACAUAUGUAGGAGCGCCCCUAUGGAAGAUACGCUCACGGACGAGGAAGCUGCAGUUAUGGGUGCGUGCGUUGCUCCAUCGUUCCUGCUUAACUGUCUCGUCACACUUUUGAUGCAGUCUUGUCGAGGGGCCGAUCGCAAGGGCGAUCGCUGGCAGGCUAUUGCGACAUCCAUAUCGGGCCUUUGUCUCCCUGGUGCCCUGGAGAUCUUCAGCAGCCUUUCUUAUUCAGUGCCAGCUGGCUCCCAGCUGAAGCAGCUGCUUGGGCAGCCCAGUUCCCAGUCGCUUCAACGCAAAGUCUUGCGCCUCAUUGUCACGGCAGCAUCACAGCUUCUACAUGCCGGCUGUGGCUACUCACAUCAGUCCAUCCGCAAGUACCGCACCCUGUUGACACUUCUCGACUCCUGCCAGCCUGCAUUGGAUGCUGGAGACUCUGAGUUCAUGGUGGAAAGCAUGUGUGCCGCGCUGAUAUUCGUCCGUGACGCGGUUCGUAGCUUUCCCCCUUCAGAGGGCAGCUUGAACUGGGUUGUGGAAGCUGUGCACAGGCUCUGCUCUCAUGGCAGCUUGCAAGCCACGAUGCGCGCCACCAAUCGUUCGUCCUGCACCCUCGUUGCAGGGCUUAUCGCUGAAAUUGUCCUGUCGCUGAAGCGUGCCAAGACUGCGCGGAGACUGGGUGUUGCAUUUCAUCAUCACGACAUGCUUUUGGGAACUCGGCUCAGGCACAGCAUGUUGGAACCGUUGUCAGGAUGUUGCAUUGCGUCCUUGUGCACCGUCCUUCUCAAUGCCCCGUUCCUGUCUGCGCAGGCCUUGUUACGCUGCGGUGUCUGCUGCUGCAUGGCACUCGAUGAGGUUUUCGUGCCGCUUCUUCGGGACUUUAGCUCACAGCCCACGGAAGAGAAAGGCCAGAUUUUGCAUCUGCUCCAAAAGUGCCUUUGUGUGCAGAUGGGCCUCUUCUUGCAGGUGUGUUUCAGCUGCCGCGACCGGCUGGACAGGGGAGACGGCACUUGUGGGACAUAUUCUGCGCUGCUCAGUCGUGGAGAUGCAGAAACACAGACCCUCAUUGGCCGGCACUUGCUAGGCAUAGUAAAGGUGGCACGGCCGCCGUUUCGUGACCUGAUUUGCACCCAAGUGGCCUUGCCUUGUUUCCUAGAGUACAACUUUGCCAAUGCAACAAAUGCAGAACCAGAAUUGAAUCCAUUGUGGUUUUCAGUAUCCGCUUUUUCGCUGUUAGGAGCCGACGCCUCCAUGGUCUUCCCAGCCAGAAGUGUGCAGACAACACUUUUGUACCGACUCCUCUCCCCUUCAGUUGCCCCCGUGUACAGGCAUGCUGCCUUGGUUCUGAUUGAAACCCUCAUCCUCGCCUAUGUGAGCAGCAUCAGGAUGGAUGAAGAAAAGGCUGAAGACAGUCACAGCACUGAAAACAGCCUGAUGCAGUCUAGCAAUGAUGAGGAUUCUAACGCACUCUUGGCGUUCACGCAGUUUUUGGCUACCGUAACGAAGGAGUUCAUGCGAAAGGUGAGACCUCUCAUGACGAUGCAGUCCGUCGAGUCCCUCAACGAGUCUGCCACCGAGGAGGGCUUAGACGCAGACUCUGCUUCCGACCGGGAGGCAGAACUGUCGACGCUCGCCGAGCUCUGGCUCUCCUGCCGACAUGUGGCGCAGUGUAGUGCAGUGCGAUCGCAUCUGAGGAUGGGAAACUGCUGCGGGGAAGCGUACCGGUUCCUGCUCUGGCUCGCCGACGAGACGGUGCAGCCUGGUCCGUGCAGCCGGAAGGUGUUUCCAGCGCUGGAAACCAUGCUCGCGCUGCUUCUUCAGUUGUGCCCGGUGCGCCUUUGGUACCAGUCUGAGUGCCUGCAACGUAAGGAGCUAGUGCGAGAGCUGCGCAACCGUCUUCACGGCUGUCCCAGCGUGAACCGCACAGCGGCCGAGUGGCGCUGCCUUCUCGAUGCCCUGCUGGGAAACCUCGUGCACUGGACGCGGGUGCCCACUCUUUCAAGCCGCUCAAAGGUGGAAAGCAGCCUGGUUUCACGUGCUACCUUGCUUCGAAAGGAACCCGAAAUGGCUUCUCUUGCACCUAUGGCUGACGAGGAACUUGGCUACGAAGCCGACUCUGAAUCCAGUCCCGAUGAAUACGUAGCAUCAGAAGGGGUGCUGUCAGUUUCACGGGAUGGUGGAGACAUGUCGGUAGUGUGCUACGAGGAAGUCUGCUCCCUCGUGUUGGACCUGGUGUGCCGUCUCUGCCCGAGUCGCCCAGAGGUGGCCUUGCACGCCAUCCAGAGGCUAACCACCCUGUGCUCACAGCAUCCGCUGCUGCUCACGCUGUUUGUCAAGCAGGGUGCAGUGGGGAAGCUCUGCCAUGGCCUUGGCUGUCUCCUGCACCUGCCUGACCAACCUGACCCCCCAGAGCACCACACCCUAGAACUGCAGGAGAGCCUGGUGUCCCUGCUUGUGCUCUUCUGUCGACGCAGCCUUAGCGCACAGGACCUGGUGGCUUACAUGGGUCUCCUCAAGGGAACUCAAUCAGCCUUCGGCCCCAUACUGGAAGGUCUUCUGGCUCUGGCCAACUGUGGAGAUCGUGGACCGCAGUGUUGGCUGCAGUUCCCGCCCCUGGCCGCAGACGAUGAUGAGGUCAUGCUCCUGCCCACGCUGCAGCAGGAAGAAGAAAGAGGCGGGAAGUUGGCCAGUCUUCCGCAUGGUGGUGCGUCAAACCAAGCUGUGUUGGUGUUGCCACUAGAAGAUCAUGGCGGCUGGUGUCCUCGCCGAGAGGGAUUUUCUCUUGCCUUCUGGCUUGCCCUACGUUGGAGCUCAGUCCUUGGUCACGAGGACGGCACUCGGCUGCACCUGGUGUCCCUGGGUUGCGGCCAGUUUCUGUGCGAGCUUUGGGCUGAAGACGUGGAGAAGGGUACAGUGUCACUGUGGCUGACACAGAAUGGCACCAGUGUGGCAGAGAGUGCAGCCUGCAAUGCUGCCUCCCAGUGUAGCUUCGAGAGAGCGUUGGCGAGCCAUGGUUGGCACCACCUGGCCCUCACAUACCAUGAACACGUGCCACGAAACACCGCUGAAACAAGCAGCUAUGCUUCGGUGACAUUAACGGUUGACGGUCGUCACAGUCGUUCUUGGCACUUGCCCCUGGAAGGACAGGGUGGUGACAGCUGCUUGCACCAGCCGGGGCCGAUGCUCUGGAUUGGCCAGAGUGCGGGAACUGGCACCUCAGUGGCCCUCGUCAGUGGUGGUGUGUCGUGGAGCCUAGGAAACCUGCUCCUUUUCCGAGGUUCUUGCCUCGGUUCAGCCGAGUGCUUGGCUCUCUACUUGAGGGGCGCUGAUGCGGUUGUGCCCACAUCAUGCCUCCUGAGCGAAGAUGAAGACUCGGCGAGAGUUAACAUCAGCCCCGGAUUGGUUCGCAAAGGUUCCCUCAGGAGGUGGCUGGGGCCUGGCCAGUUGCGAGGAGUGCUGGCUACGUUAGAGGACGAGAUCAUGGUGUGGUUUUCGCCGCAGAAUAGUGACUCCUUUGUCAGUUAUCCACGCGGCCCACAGACCUUUUCAUCAUUCCUGGCUGCAUCCAAAAAGCGCAAGCGAAGUGCACUUCCUCGGUCAAGGGAGGCACAACGGCUCUCGCCUGUCCAGCUGCAGUGGCAAAAGCAGAUCCAUCACGCAGCUGCAAGUCUAGGAGGCCCCGGACUAUUCCUCUUCCUUCUGGCUAGGGUAGUCGAAUGCACAACAGAAGACGGCCCUCGGGCAGCUGCAUUGGAGCUGGCUCUGGGUAUGUUGGGGCAGCCCAGUGCAACCUGGGGCACACCCAUAAUUCUGCUUGGAGCAAGCGAGGCACUCAGUCUUCUGGGGCAGCUGGUCGAGAAUCACCGAUGGGCAGCUGACUCGCCACGAUGUCUCCUGGUGGCGGUGAACGCGUGCAGUAGCCGUCCUCUACUGCAAUGGGACGGGGAGAGUGGUGUGGAGGCGGUGCGACAUCCGACGGGCCAGGAGCCUUUGCUCGUAUGGCCCCAGCUGGCGAGCACACUCCUCGAGCACUGGAGGCCUGGUGCUGGCCGCCGACGUCUGCUGGGAGCCAUGUGGGCACUGCUGCGCGAGCGUCACCCGUACCGGGAGCACAAUUUGGCACAGGCGGCACCCUUGUUGGGUUCCUUGCUCACCGCACUCAGGCGGCUUCUUGUGGACGAGAGUCAGGGCAGCCUGGGCCAUCCUGGAACUCUGCCUCUAGUACUCAAGCUGCUAAGUGCGCUGGUACCGGCUGCCGGGGAGCUGGCGCAACGACUCAGCGCCUGUCUUGACCUCUUGCUGCUACUUCACCGUGCUUCCAAUGCCCACGUGGCACAGGGACGUUCCGCCUUCUACUCCUUGCCUCCUCAAGACUGCGCACCCAACUCUGCAGGUUUUUCUCUCUUGGAAACCAGUCGCACUGCUCCAUCUUCGCUUGCAUCGAGUCCGCUGUCAGGAAGCUUUGGCCAUCUUCUUGGCGUGUUCUCACGCUCAGCUCCCAAUGAGGGAAUCAGGAAAAUCAAAGAACCUGAUGUGCCAAAGGUUGUGAAGAUUCGUCCCAAUGCCGUUCCUGCCGACUUGUACAACAGCCUCGACGGCAACAGCUUGGUCGACGCAAACUUGGCAUCCGUGCACGGAGAGCCAGCUCAGCCGUGCCCCGCUCUGGUCAAGCCGGGGCCAAAGCCGACGGCCACCGAAGCACUCAGCUUGUUGCUCUCCGGCGAAAUCGAAGCUGGUGGUCAAAGCCACAACCGAACAGAGGAUCUGCCGAGGCCGGGCUGUCCAUUUGAGGGCAGCAUUCGACACCCCAUGACGUCUUCGCCCAUACCUCUGUCACCGAAUCCAUGGGCAGAAAUGGAGGAAGAGCCAGCAGAAGCCAAGGACGACAUGACCGGGCUCGUGCUAGGCCUCCUCAAGUUGCUGCAGGAUAUCUUGGUGGCCACACCAGAAAACGUGGUUCGUGAGAAACUUGAACCUGUGGUUCGACUGGAAGCACUCCUGAUUUUGGCUCAUAAUGAAAAUGCAUUGGUUCGCAACCAGGUCCUAUGCGUGCUGGAGGCAUACCUGAACAAGGCCUCUAGUGAGGUCGAGGCUCACUUCCUUAAGGCUAAAGGCUUCCAGCUGCUAGGUCUCCAGUUGGCCCACUACCCUGCCACCGCUGCCCUAGUCCAGUCGUGCUGCCGGAUCUUGCUGGGUCGACCCCUGUAUCUGGCCAGAAGGAUUCCGCAUGGCAGCAUACCGGAUCAAGCCUCGAACAGAGCAUCUGUCACCCUUCUGCUGUCGCUCCUUCCUCGAACAGUGCACGAUGCCGCUCUUUGCUUUGGGACACUUUCAUUGCUGCAACAGCUGUGUGACAAUGUUGAAGGUGCAGCGCGACUGCUUUAUUCCAACGGACUGGGCGAAUCACUGGCGUCCACGAUCGUGGCCGCUCCGAGAGAGCUCAUCCUUAGCCGAAGCCCAAGUACGGGACAUGGAGAAGGUUUUGUUGACCUGGUGCUGGCUGUGAUCAGAAGCGCUUCUCUGGCAACAUCAAGGCUUUCAAUGGAGCAAAGCGGGAAGAUCUCGAUGGAGUGUUUCCACUCGCUGUGCAGUCUCUUUGCGCGGCUCUCCGAGGCACACAACACACGCUGUGGUGAGACUUGCAAGGUUGUUUCAUUGUUCAGGGAAUGCCAAGCGAAGUUGUACCUAUCAGCCCUGGAACACAUUGAAAGUUUCUGCACUGACGAAAAGAGAAGCCAGUCGUCACCGUCACUUCUGGAGGCAUUCGCUUCCCUACCGACACCAAUGGCACCAGAUGUGGCACCACUGUCACCAGACGUUCACCACGGUGGUCGACGCGUGAACUACACCGAGGCGAACGGGUCAUCGCAUGAACACUCAACGCCCUCCAUGUCGACUCUGUCACGAGAGCUGGGGGCAUGGUUUGCUCUUGCCUGCGACUUCAUCAUAUAUCAAGAGUUGUCUUGCGAGAGACCACCAACCGAGCUUUCACUGGUGUCGGUGCUGCUGAAGAAGGCAGUUGCUGGUACUGCCCUCAGUCACCUCAGCAAAAAAUCAAAACGCAAGCUUUCCUCUCACGAGAGGCUGCUAUCAUCUCUCAAACAAGUUUUCCAGCCUCAGCUCUCAAGGCUUUGUGUCAACCUUCUUGCUCCUGGCCAGCACCCCACACUGCGCGUCCACGUGGCGGAGGUCCUCAUAUCCUGCGAGCAACACAGGCAAGCUCUCAAGGCCACACUGGGAUCGUCGAGCGAUAUUCGCCUGCAAGUGAGGACCUUUGCUGAAGAGAUGCUACUUGCAUCGGCAGCUCGUUUCGGCGCUAACGUUAGCAGUGCGGUCGUGUCGCUGGUGGCCGUGCUGGCUCAGGAGCUGCCCAGUGUCCUGCCGAGAAAUCCGAGGCAUGAAGUUCAGACCGACGAGAAGCAGAUCAAAGAACGCUGGUUGAACCAGUGGACGGCCCAGCGGGAGGCCUGGCUGUCACAGACUGCUCUCGGCCCCGAACGCAAGAAUAGUCGACUGAGGAAACUCGAGUCCAAGGCAUCGCAGGUGGUUGCCGAAGGGGCCAAGGUGACCCGCUCAGUCGCAGAACUGCUUCAUGCACUUCGCAAGGAGGUACUACACGAAGCCAAGGCAAGGUCGGGUCGAGACAUGGUGCUCAAACAGACUUGGUCACGCCUGGCAGCACAGCUCACGCACGAAAGGGCACCGUGGCAUCUUUCGGAAAGUUUUCCUACUGCCUGGGAGCUGGACCCCACAGAAGGUCCAUCACGGAUCCGGCGACGCCUGCGGCGAGCCUUCCUGCCAGUUGACGCGAAGUUCAUGCUUCCUGAACACCAAAAAAAUCAGAUGGUGGCAUUGCCGCCUCUGCACUUCCUCUACGACACAGGUGCCUCGCGCAUGGAGUCGGCCACCUUCUUGCACCAUCUGUAUAUCAACGAAAGGAUCACUCACACUUGCAAGUGCAUCAAGAUCUGCCCCUCGUCGGACAUGCCGGGAGAAGUUCUGCUUGGCGAAACCAGUCUCCAGUUUGUGCCCGACCAACUCGGAAAGUACAAGGGCUCCUUGGGUGAAGUUGAAGCCAGGCACGAAGUGUGGCCUUAUAAAGAUGUCCAGGAAGUGCUCCUACGAAGGUUCCGGCUUCGCGACAACGCGCUUGAGCUCUUCCUGCGCAACGGAGUCACUGCGUUGCUAGCCUUCCACACGACACAGGAUCGGAACGAAUUCUGUCGUCAACUGUGGCAGUGCCCUCAUCUGGACCUAGAUCCAUCGGAGUCGCUGGAAUCGCUGAGUCAUCGUUGGCAGGAGCGAUGCCUGGGGAACUUUGACUACCUGACACAGCUGAACAAGUUGGCCGGUCGCUCUUUCAAUGACCUCAUGCAGUACCCAGUGUUCCCGUUCGUGCUCUCAAAUUACGCCGACGAUGUGUUGGACCUAAGUGAUUCAGCCAACUUUCGGUGCUUGGAACGUCCCAUGGCAGUUCAAGACCCAGCGCGUGAAGAGCACUACCGUCACAACUUCCGGGUGGAACGGGCAGCUUCUCCGUCAGAGCGGUUCUACCCGUGGCUCGGUCCGUACCACUACGGCUCACACUACAGCAACAGCGGCACUGUGCUUCAUUUCCUGGUCAGGCUGCCACCUUUCACCCAGAUGUUCCUUGCCUACCAAGACCAGCAGUUCGACCUUCCCGACCGUACGUUCCACGAUGUUCACACCACAUGGCGGCUGGCGAGCAGUGAGUCCACAACCGACGUCAAGGAACUCAUUCCCGAAUUUUUCUUCUUGCCAGAGUUCCUCGUAAACAUGCAAGGUUUCAACUUUGGUAAGCGACAAACUGGCGAGCCUGUCUCGGAUGUGCAACUGCCACCUUGGUGUCGCGGAGACGCCCGCCUCUUUGUCCUAAUCCAUCGGCAGGCCCUGGAGUCUGAUUAUGUGACCGAGCACUUGGGCCACUGGAUUGACCUCGUCUUUGGCUACAAGCAGACGGGAAAAGCCGCAGAGGAGGCCAUCAAUGUGUUCCAUCCUGCUACGUACUACGGUGUCGAUGUGAGCUCGGUUGCCAAUGACGAGGUGUCACAGAGGGCACUGGAAACCAUGAUUCGCACCUACGGCCAGAUGCCCAAGCAGCUGUUCAGCAACCCGCACCCGCUGGUCACACUCAGCCUGGCUGAUAACCAGCGCACUGCUGUGAACUCUCCUUCAACACAGGCAGCCAUGGCUGAGGUAAGAGGGCUGCGCUGGGGCAGCUACGUGGGAAGCCCCAGCAAGCCACCUGCACGGCUGGUGCUGUGGCGCAGCACCCACAAGGACCAGACCCUCGUGAGCCACCUGCUGUCGCUUCGCACGAACGACGUCUGGGGCCUUCCCGCAAACUCCUGCCUGCUGCUCACCUACAGCAACUCGUCUGCAGGUCCGAAGGCUGCGCUACAAACUUACAUCCAGAGCACGGCGCUUGUGUCGUGGCAGCACGCAGAUGGCUUUGUUCGACUCAAACUGCAGAAGGACGAGCCGGCCCAGCCGUUGCUUUCGCCAUGCCCCGGAGACAUGGUAUCAACGUGUGCCACGGCCCCUGGUUGCCCACUCAUCUUUGUGGGAUAUGCUUCCGGUCUUCUGACUGCACAUGCAAUCAAACUUGCAAACUCAAAGGUGGAGCACCCUUCACGCCCCACCUGUCUGCUAGGUCACACAGAUGCGGUCACCAGGGUCGAAGUCUGUACAGCAUUUGGACUGGUGGUCACGACAAGUCGCGACGGAUCCUGCAUUGCCUGGGAUCUCAACAGGCUCGAGUAUGUUCGCACGUUGAUCGCUGGGAGCUCACCCAUCAUGCUGGCUUGCAUUAGCAGCACUCUUGGAGAUGUUGCCACUGUAGAGACCUCUGAAGGUUCUUCUGGCAGUUGUCUUCGAGUUCAUACCAUCAACGGUGCCCGCGUGGGACAGCUGAGCAUGGACAUGGCCAUCGGAGCCGUCUGCUACUCUGCUGCACCCGAGGGCACCUCUGUCAACGUGCUCGCUGCCGGUUGUGAGGACGGGUGCAUCCGGCUUUGGAGCUCGUGGGAUCUGAGUCCUGUGCAAGAAAUUCACUCGGAAAAAUGCGUAUUUCCCAUUGUCAGCCUGACCUACUCGCAAGACCAGCAGCAUUUGUAUGCUGUUGACGAUCACGGUGAAGUGUUCGCCUGGGAGGCGCAAGAAGGCAGCCGCGUGCCACGUUUCCAUGUGCUGCUGUGAAGAAGCAGCACAUCACCUAGUCUACAUUGUGGCAUCGUAGCACUAAUUUUAUUACAGAUCAAAAAUAAAUAUGUUAAAGUUAUAUAAGAACUGGACAGUGCCCCACAAGUGCCUUAUGCAGUUUCGGAAGUAUCAAAGAAUUUUCGCACGCUGGCAUUUAAGAUGGCUGACUGCUUUAUGUAUUGUUUCAGCAUCCAAUGAUGGUUGGUUAAAAGAUGCCCCAUCGGCACUGCAUUGCUUUUGUUCACCGUAGUUCAUUUCUAUUUAUGUCAUAAUUACAACAAUGCUAUUAAAAAUUUCAAAUAAUGCCUCU